AUGUCAAACCGCUUAUUCACGAAGCGGCUGACUAAAGAGUUGACCGACUUACGGAAUGGCAGUUGUCCUGCCGGCUGCGGACUCAUCUCGACCGAGGAUCUGCAAGAAUGGAUAAUAUCGAUCACAGUGUUUGAUUCGAUCUACGAGGGCGAACAGUUUGCAUUACGCUUUCGCUUCUCGUCCGGCUAUCCGAUAGACUCUCCCGAGGUUGUCUUCCUCACCACUGCGCCUUACAAGAGCCCCGAGCACCCACACAUCUACUCAAACGGACACAUCUGCGCGAGCAUCCUCGGAAAUGGCUGGAGUCCAGUAUUGAACGUUUCGUCCAUAUGCCUGACGUUGCAGUCGAUGCUGGCCUCGUGUAAGAAGAAAGAGAGGCCACCUGACAACGAGCGAUACGUCAAGCGGGCGCCUUUUUCGCCCAAGCAGACACAAUUUGUAUAUCAUGAUGAUAGCGUGUGA